UAGGAGAUUAAUUUCAUAGCAAUUAUAAAAAAUUUAUUUCAGUUUUUUAACAAGUUAUAAAAAACUUAAUUUAACUGUUUUAAAACCAAUUUUUUAUAAUAAAUAGUCAUGUCUAAUGUUGAUUCUAAAAUAAAAAAUCGAGCUGCUAGUUAUAAACGUGUAAAAAAUCGAGAAACUAAUUUUAGAGAUAUUUUAAGAGAAAGGUAUCGAAACUUAAUGAAAAAUAAACGUGAAACACUUUUAGAACGAGUACGUAAUGUAUCGUAUGAUAUGCGAGAAAAUGAGGUCACAUCAUUCAUUGAUAAGACAUGUAUUAAAAUGGAAGUUGAAGAUGAUGAUGGAUUUCACUCAUUAGAUGAAGAAGAACAAAUUAUUGAUGAGAUUAAACAAGAACUAUUAGAUGAAGAAAUGAAAUGGAUUGUUGCGCAAGAUUCUGAGUAUACUAUGUAUUUACAAAAUUUACAAAAUGAUUUAAUUGAGUGUCCUGUUUGUCAAACUGGUAAUAUCAAAUCAAUUGACAAAAAAAUUUCAUGUGAUGUAUGUCUCACUUCCAUUCAUACAAACCUUGAUUUAGAGACAUUAAAAAAAAAUUUAGAAGCUACAGCUACUGAACAUUCCCGAUUUUGCCAAGCAAGAAUUCAGUGUUCAGUUUUUCCAGCACCAGAUGUUAAUUCUAUGUUUAUGAUUUGUAAUAAUUGUCAGUUCCUUUUUCAAAUUUCUUAAGUAAAUAUUAAAAUAAUGUAUUUUAAUUCAAUAAAUAAAAGAAUAUGAGUUAUAGUUUUUAUUUUAUAUGUAAUAUAAUAAUUAGACCUAGUAUUAUAUAUUAUUUAGUUUUUUUUGUGAAUAUUUUUUGCUUGAAUGUAUUAAAUUUGAUUAUAUAUUUAUUUUUUUGUAUUAUUUCAAUUGUAAUUUUAUAACAAAUAAUAAAAUGUUAUUAUACUUGUGACUCACUAGAAAAUUAAAUCCAAUUGGCUAUUUAA